AUGUUACAAUUCAGAUUGAGAAGACGGUCAUUUUUUCUAUUGGAACAACAAGGACAUUUGGCAAGCAGAAUAGCAAAUCUUGGAGAGCAAGAUCAAGAACAAGAACCUGAAAUAAGAAAAAUGUCUGAAAUACGAGAAGCUUAUAAAACAGUUGAACAAGAUCUAUUAAAGCUUCUCAGUUUCGUAGAGAUAAAUGUUGUUGGUUUGCGAAAGAUCUUGAAGAAGUUUGACAAACGAUUUGGCUAUAGAUUUACUGAUUAUUAUGUUAAAACUCGUGCAAAUCAUCCUUAUUCUCAGCUGCAGCAAGUGUUCAAGCAUGUGGGGUUAGGAGCUGUUGUUGAAGCCUUAUCUCGCAACCUUCAUGAUCUUCAAGAUCGUCAAGGAAGCUACUUAUCAAUUUACGAUCAGCCUACUUUUCCUCUUCAGGAUCCUUUCAUCAUUUCGGUAAAAGCAGCUGUGGAUAGGUUAACUCACUCAACCAAUUUCCUUGACUUUUUGGGGCAACAUGCACUCAUUAUGCAAGAAGAGCUGCCUGCACCUACUGAUGAGAAUGUUGAUGAGAGAUACUAUUUUACGUCUCUUGUUCUAAACUUGGUUAAGACAUUUUUGUAUAUGGUCAAUACAUAUAUCGUUGUCCCUACAGCAGAUGAUUACUCUAUGCACCUUGGGGCUGCACCGACGGUCUGUGGUAUUGUGAUCGGCGCAAUGGCCGUUGCUCAGCUAAUUUUCUCGAUAUAUUUCAGUGCAUGGUCAAAUAAAUCAUACUUCAGACCUCUUGUAUUCAGUAGCAUAAUUCUUUUUCUCGGGAAUACCCUGUAUGCCUUAGCGUACGAUUUUAAUUCAAUAUGGAUUCUCCUAAUUGGCCGUCUUUGCUGUGGAUUUGGUUCUGCCAGAGCUGUAAACCGGCGCUACAUCAGUGAUUGCGUGCCUUUGAAAAUCCGCAUAAAAGCAUCGGCAAGUUUUGUUAGUGCCAGCGCUCUUGGAAUGGCCUGUGGUCCCGCAUUAGCUGGCUUACUGCAGACGGAUUUUAAGAUUUACAAUCUUACAUUUAAUAAAGAUACUUUGCCAGGGUGA